GCUUGCGCGGGAGGAGAAAGCGAAAAAUAUGGCGGCGCCGGCCCCGAGCUUCCCCACGCCAGAGUACCGGCAUGUGGGCCGUGGCGUCUUCAGCGACGUGUACGAGCCCGCGGAGGACACGUUUCUGCUGCUGGACGCUCUUGAGGCGGCGGCGGCCGAAUUCUCAGGAGUGGAAAUAUGCCUUGAAGUAGGGUCGGGGUCUGGAGUGGUAUCUGCGUUCCUAGCCUCUGUGAUAGGUCCUCAGGCUUUGUACAUGUGCACUGAUAUCAACCCUGAGGCAGCAGCCUGUACCCUGGAAACAGCACGCUGUAACAAAGUCCACAUUCAACCAAUAAUUACAGAUUUGGUCAAAGGCUUGCUACCAAGAUUGAAGGAAAAAGUUGAUCUUCUGGUGUUUAAUCCCCCCUAUGUAGUGACUCCAUCUGAAGAGGUAGGGAGUCAUGGGAUAGAAGCCGCUUGGGCUGGUGGCAGAAAUGGUCGUGAAGUAAUGGACAGAUUCUUUCCACUGGCUCCGGAGCUCCUUUCACCAAGAGGAUUAUUCUAUUUAGUUACCAUUAAAGAAAACAAUCCAGAAGAAAUUUUGAAAACAAUGAAGAAAAAAGGUCUCCAAGGAACCACUGUACUUUCCAGGCAAGCAGGCCAAGAAAUACUUUCAGUCCUCAAGUUCACUAAGUCCUCAUCUACAUUGUGCGCCACAUAAAGCUGAAUGCAUUCAGCAUAUUUUGAAACUGAAGUUAUUUCUUGGUUAACAAGUAAAGUUGUCAGAAAUUUGUCAUAUAGAAAAAGAAGAGUAGGGCAUUUCCUUUUACCAUGGACUCAGAUCUACAGAAAUAUUUGCACAAAUGCAGGUAAAAAAUUAUAUUAUAUAUAUAUUUAUAUACACAUAUAAAUAUAAUUUGCAGUUUAUAUAUUAUAUAUAUUAUAUGUGGAGAAUAUAUAUAUUAUAAAAGUUGUAUUUAUAUUAUAUAUGAGAGGAUGUUCAUUUCAGCAGUAGUUGUAAUAGGAAAACAAUGAGGUAACCUAAAUGUCCAUCAGCAAAGGGGUUGGUAAAAUAAAUUAUAGUAUAUUCAUGUUAUUGAACAUGAGUGAAUAUCUAGCCAUUAUACAUGAGUCAGGGGGGCCCUUGUGAUGCAGCAGAUUAAGGAUCCAGCACUGUCACUGGAGCAGCUCAAGUUGCUGCUGUGGCAUGGGUUUGAUCCCUGGCCCAGGAACUUCCAUAUGCCCCAGGGGCAGCCAAAAGAUUAAAAGAAAAAAAAAAAACCAACCAUGAGUGAGGUCUGUUUAUGCUGAACCAGAAGGGCCUCAGGAUGUACUAUUGAGUUGUGAAAAAAUGCACAUUGCAAAAUAUUAUUAACCUAUAUGUAUAUUUUGAAAAACUAACAAAGAGUCUAUGUGUGUAUGUAUAUAUAAGACAUUCUUAGAAGCUAAAUAACAAUUGGGAAUAGAGGAACUUUGAUUCUUUUUGUAUAAUGACAAUGUAACGCUUAUAUAAGUAAAAAAAAAAUUUUAUUUAAAAAAAUUUCAACUUUA